AUGUCAGCCUUAUUUAAUUUCACUUCAUUAUUACAAGUUGUAUUAUUAUUAAUAUGUUGUUGCACAUAUAUCCAUGGUCAAUGGCCAUCACUAUUGGAUCGUUAUAAGGAUCAUGAAGCCCUUGGUGGAUUUUGGAAAUUGGCUCGUAUUGGUGAAAGAGCUAGUCCAUAUGUUAGUUUAGCAUGUAUAUUAAUGGCUAUUAAUCAAUUCAAUAGUUAA